GCGACGUGUGGGAUCCUAUCAAAUGCUUUUGAGAAGUCGAAAAAUAUGGCAUCCGAGAUGAGUCCUUCAUCCUUGGCUUGGGUUAAGCUGUCCAUAAACACGAGCAUGUUUGUCACGCAAGAACGGUUUGGGAGAAAUCCCUAUUGGUUUCUUUUUAAUUAUCGGCCCUUGAUACACACAAGCCCUUGCAAAUUUAUCAUGUCAGCACGAUCGAGAAAGCAAAAGGUGGCGGAGACGGAGAAAACUGAAGGCAGUCCAUCUGUUUCUACCAUCUCUAAGUCCGUCACUAUCGAAAAAACUAGGCUUUCUUCCGGUACCCCUCGCCACAGUCUAUCACGGAACGAACGGUCCAGCAGUCCCCUUAGUAUAAGCCGUAACGAGGAGAAGGACGAACUCGCUCACCUAAACGAUCGUUUGGCUGGUUACAUUGACUAUGUGCGCAAACUGGAACUGGAUAAAGAACGUCUUACAAGGCGGAUACACUCGGUAACGGAAGAGCGCAUGAGCAAAGUUGAAGAGGCCCGAAAAACAUAUGAAGAUGAGAUCCUUGCUCUGCGGAAUCUUGUUGAUGACCUAGCAAAGCAGAAAACUAAGGCAGAAUUAGAUGCCAAACAAGCAAAAGAUGACGCCAACGCUGCCAAGUCCAAAGUCGCCAAACGUGAUCAAGAAAUUCGAACUUUACAAAGACGUAUUGAGAACUUGGAAAAAGAUUUAGCCUCUUACAAACAAGACCACGAUCGUUAUCAGCCCCUACUUAAUGACUUUAGAGCCUUGGAAAAACGGUUCGAGGAAGUGCAGCGUGACCUAGAAGCUGAAACUUUGUUGCGCACCGACCUGGAGAAUAAAGUGCUUGGACUCAAAGAACAACUUGAUUUCAGAACCCGCUUGUUCGAUGAAGAACGAGAAAAACUUACUCAACGAACAAUGUACAUUGAAGAGGAGGUGGAAGGACGGAAACAGGCUGAGUAUGCAAGUCGAUUGGCCGAUGAACUUCAGUCCAUCCGUGAACAGACCGCAUCAGAAUUGGAAGAGUAUAAAUAUCAGCUGGAGGAAACGUUUGAAACGAAGCUCGAAAAGCUUCAUUCCGCUGCGGACCGGUCCGCCGACGAGGCUUUUCGACAACGAAGCGAUUUCUUGGCAGUUCGUAAGCGUGCGGACGACCUUGAGCACGAAUUAGCCAAGAAAAUAGCUGAAUUGAACCUUCUUCAGCAUCGUGUCGAAGAUCUAGAAAACCAGCUAGAGAAGGAACGCAGGGAACAUGAUUCACAACUAUCAGUCCAGUCUGAGGAAAUCCGCAGGUUACGGGAUGAACUUGAAGAAAGCUUCAGAGAGUUUUCAGACCUCAUGAACACAAAGAUUGCUCUGGACCAGGAAAUACUGAUGUACCGAAAGAUGUUAGAAGGUGAAGAGUCGAGGUUAAAUCUACAACCCCUGUCUCGUGAAUCGCCGUUCAACGUCCAACCCGGUAAACGUAGGCGAAUGGACGAUGGCUUGGAAGGUGAAGAGACCGGGUUGACGGGAGCUAGUUUCAUCUCUUCCAAGUCCAGAUAUGCUUAUCGAGUCUCUUCCACAGCCUCUGGACCCGUGGAAUUUUUCAAGGAACAAGACACCCAAGGGAAGUGGGUCAAACUGAACAACACAUCAACUGAGGAGGUAUCCGUGGGAAACUGGGAGCUCGUCCAUGAGGCCGAUGGGCAGGAGACCCGAUUUAAAUUUCACCGGUCCCUCAUGCUCAAACCCGGAACAACAUGCACGAUAUGGAGCAGUGAUACGGAAACCACUCAUAACCCGCCCACAGAUAUCGUCAUGAAAAAUAAAUCCUUCCAUCCAAGUCCUGAAGCGGUCAUCACUCUGUUGGAUGCAGAAGGCGUGGAGCAAGCAAAAUGCACGGUGAAGCGGGAGCGAAUCCGUCCAAGUGGAGUUAGCUUCGGUCGUAGAACCGCCCACCGAGCUGGAACCGAUGAAAAGUGUAUGCUGAUGUAAUCUUCUGAGCGGUAGCCCCAACCCCCCGUUCAGUGGAUAAUUGCUUCGGAACCGCGUGCAACCCGGUUAGCCCGUUUCAAUGCACAUCACGCAAUUACCCCCUGCCCAUUCCACCAUAUUUUCUUCCUUCUAUACAUCCCCUAUUUCCCUCACGUGUUUGGCAUUUUGAUAGCUCAUUGUUCUAUAAAUCUACCCGUACCAAUAUCUAAGGACGUGCUAUUUUUCCUACUAUGCGCCACUACUAGUAUGCAUCACAUUCACUUUUAGAUACUCAGCUAGCUUUGUGUGUGUGUGUGUGUGUGGCCGCCCACGCGUUACUCCCGUUCCCCUGGUUCUUGUCCCCAUUCUCCUGGCAUUUUAUCUUAUGCAGUGUGAACUGCUUCAGCGUGGCGACUACUUGUCUGCCCAUUGUUGUCUGUUCUUAUUUCAUCGCUUUCGGGCAGAGCACGAUACGAUUCGUUUUCUCGACACCCGGUUUCCAAUACGUAUAUUUUGCCUUCUACUAUAUACUACUCUCGAGCUUGCUUACAAUCCAUCCCGCCCCAAAAUGUUGAAUUAGCCGUUCCACUGGCUGCAUCUGUGCGUGCACGAACUUAGGUCUAUUAUACAUGACUUUGUGGUUCAUUGAUGGAUUUUUUCAUUGUGACGACCUCACAACGGACUGUGAACGCGCGUGUGAACUAGGAUCGUGCGUCAAAUCUGUCUAAUGACUGGUCUGAUUUGCUUCUGUAGUAUUGUAAUUUCAGUCAGGUUUUUUCCGUGUUCAUAACCACAAUCUAAAACCGGUAGUACUAACGACUUUCUUGUGCGAGCGAAAAGGCGGCAACGAAACAUUCUGAUUCCCAA